CCACUUGCAGGCUGUUUUCAUGAAGGACAGCUGUGAGUUAUGAGUGCGGGGUGUCCGGCGCAUCUUCUCAGUGGCCACUGCAGCCCCCGAGCAUCGCUGGCACCGCGCCUGCGCAGUGCAUCCCGGGGCUCGGCGGCGUUCGGUGCUGAAGUGGGGCGGAUGGAAGAAAAACGGCGGCGAUGGACUUUACACCGCUGGAUGCCCAUUCACGAUGUCAUUAAUUAAACACCUGGACAUUGCAUUGUGACGCCCACCACCCCAGGACGCUGACAACCCGACACAAAGGGAUGCUGUACUCUCAAGUCACCCAUUUCUGCUGACAUCCGUGGAAGCCUCGAAGGGACUGAAGAGCAAGAAAAGUAAUCGAUUAAGCCAACUUCGAGGAGGUGGUUACGAUUAUCACUUCAUUUUUUGAGUCCUCAUUCCAUGCCACUGGGUCAGGGAUGGUGAAACCAGCAACUUCUCUUAUCCUUGCUGAAAACAAGCUCCCUGCCUUGCUCCACCUCUCCAGCCAGCCAAACAGCCUGUCUCUCAACCAAACAGACGCUCAGACAGUGGCACCGUUUACCAGCCUGCUAUCGCCCAGCAACCUAUUACCUCACGCCAUGACUGCUCUGUCUGACCUGUUUUUAGGAAAUCACUAAUUCAUGCCCCGAAGUGUGAGUGGAGUGGAGAUGAGAAAAAGGCAGGCGGCACACAUCGAGCCCCCACCCCAGGUCCCUGGACAACCCCGACCCAACACCUGCUGCCUCUGUUGGUGUGGCUGCUGCAAAUGUCUCUGGAAUGAAGACAGAAUGGAGAGAAGUGAACGACAGUCUUGCAAGAUGGACAGUAUUGAAGCUGUCGACGAACAACACCCAAGCCUGGAUGAGGUCCUGUCGUGGGCACGGAGUUUUGAAAUGAUGCUGCGCUCACUGGAGGGCAGGGAGAUCUUCCGGGAGUUCCUGCGGUCAGAGUACAGUGAAGACAACCUGCUUUUCUGGAUGGCUUGUGAAGAGCUGAAGAAGGAGACAGAUCCCUCUGUGGUGGAUGAGAAAGCCAGGAUAAUAUACGAGGACUACGUCUCCAUAUUGUCUCCAAAAGAGGUAAGUUUAGACUCUCGGGUCAGAGAAGGAAUCAACCAGAGCUUGGCAGAGCCCUGUAACCUGAUGUACGAGGAGGCACAGCUCCAGAUCUACACGCUGAUGCACCGCGACUCCUUCCCUCGAUUCCUGAACUCCUCCGUUUACAGAGACCUCCUUGCCAACAGGAGGCGCACCUGCCUCGAAACCUAAAACUCUACCAUCAGUCUUCACCAUCCUCGCCAACAAAAAUACUACUUAACACGACAACAGUGGUGCCAGAAGUCGGGUUUGGAAAACAAAUUCUCCCUCUUUCUUGAUUGAAAAGACUGAAUGACAUAUGAGAUUGCUGGUUGCAUUUAUUUAUAUUUUUAAAAGAAAUUCUACCCAGUUGUUGGCUGGGGUCUGGCCGGCCUUUGCUUGUCAGCGAUUGGGCCGUGCCCGCGGUUGAUUCCGGCCAGUGAUUGUGUUGUGCCAUCGGCUCGGUCUGACUGAUGUGUCUGUGAAACUGACAGUUGUUGAACCGUUUACUUGAGUCAGUACGAGGAGAGAGAGAGAAUUACAACUGUACUGUAAUGUUUCAGGCUACUCUUCUUCUGUUUCUGUACUCCUCUCUCUCUCAUACCUCCUCAGCCCAAGUCGCUCUCCAUAUUAUGGUACUGCAUGAGGCUCUUUCUCUCUCUCUCUCUCUCUCUCUCUCUCUCUCUCUCUCUCUCUCUCUCUCUCUCUCUCUCUCUCUCUCUC